CCCCCCACCCCCCGAGCUCUCAGUUCUCCUCUCCCCCUUCCCUUCUCCCCACCAUUCCUCUUGGGCUAUGAGCGCUUUUGGGGAUUCACUCAGUGGGAUGUGUUUAAGGUGAUGGGCUCUGAAGGAGAGGAGAUGGAGAAGAAGGACCCUCCCACUCCUACUCCUCCAUCUCUCGUAGUCUCUCACUCACUCACUCGCAGCUGCUCCCCCAGCCGCUGUGUGGAAUCUCUCAUCCCCACCUCCUCCGAGAACACAAACCACAACACGUCUCUAGAAGAGAGGAAGUGUGUGUGAAGCCUUCUGUUCAUAUUUGCACCACCUCUAUUCCUUCAAACAAUCUCUUGCACGCAACCAGAUCCCCCAGAUCUAUUAUUGUUGGUAUUAAUUGGGUUCACACUCACCAUACCAACCACCAUGAAGCGGCUCAGCAGCAGCUCGGAUUCUCUCAUCCCCAUCUGUCCUACUGGAGACGAGAAGGGGAUGUAUGGAAGGGGAUUCCAGCCCAUGAUGGACGGGCUGGACGAGGAGGAGUGCGGCGACGAGGAGCUUUGCUCCGGCAGCCAGGGCGGCGGCGGCGGCGGAGGAGGCGGCGGCGAGAAGAAGCGCCGGCUGAGCGUGGAUCAAGUGAGAGCUUUGGAGAAGAAUUUCGAGUUGGAGAACAAAUUGGAGCCGGAGAGAAAGGUGAGGCUGGCCCAGGAGCUCGGCCUCCAGCCCCGGCAAGUCGCGGUCUGGUUCCAGAACCGCCGCGCCCGGUGGAAGACCAAGCAGCUGGAGCGCGACUACGCGGCCCUCAAGGCCAGCUACGAUACCCUCCGCGUGGACUUCGACGCGCUCCACCGCGACAAAGAAGCCCUCCUCGCCGAGAUCAAGAUGCUGAAGGAGAAAUUAGGAGAUCAGGAGGAGAGUCCGAGCUUGUCCUCCGUGAAGGAGGAGCCGGUGGUGUCGGAAUCCGAGAACAAGGCCUCGGAGGAGCCACCGGCGCCGGUGUACAAGGACGGAUCGUCGGAGAGCGACUCGAGCGCGGUCCUCAACGACGUGCUGAACGACGAGAACAGCCCGCACGAUCGGGGGAUGUCCAUGUCCUCCUUCGGAUUCGAGAACUCCCCAUCCUUCCCAUGCUCGCCACCAUCAUUGCUGAAUUCCGACUCGAGACAACCAAAGGGUGGAUUCUUCUUCCAACACCAGCUGCUAAAGAUGGAAGACGGUGGACUUCUCGGCGGAGAAGAGCCAUGCCCUAGUUUCUUCUCAGAUGAUCAUGCGGCCACCCUCAAUUGGUACUAUGCGGAGCAGUGGACCUAAAUGGAGGAGGAGGAGGAGGAGGAGGAGAAUAAUAAUAAUAAUAGUAAUAAUAGUAUGGGAAGGAGUUAGGGGAGGUUUUUUAAGAUUUUUGUAAAAUUGGAAAUGUAUGUAGCUUUUGGGAUGGGAGCUGUGUAAUGAUGUACAAAAAGCCUUUUCCGGGUUGGAGAGGAAGAGAGAGAGGAAGAGGACGGGAAGGUGUGGGAGAGAGAGAGAGAGAGAGAGAAAGCUUGAUCUCUUUUUAUCUCAAAUAAAGAAUCCUUUUAAUAUUUAGUUAAAUAAAGAAAAAAAAAUGGAGUAGAAUAUUGGGUGAUUGGGGAUAUAAUAUUAUAAUGAUGAGAUGGUAUUCUGCUUCAUCGGUGGAGGGUUCACGUGGUUCUGGUAUGGGUGGUGACGUUGCCAUUUCCUUUUCUUCUUUUGUCGUGAUAUAAUAUUAUAAAAAAAGGACUGUUGGGGUCUCCCCAAA